AUGCUUGAAUCAUUAGUUGAAAAAUUAUUAAACAAAUUUCUUGCGCCAUAUGUUGAAGGGAUUGAAAAGAAUUUGCAUUUGGGUGUUUGGUCAGGAAAUAUUGUUCUUGAAAACUUAAACCUGAAGCCGCAAAUAACCGAAAUAUUAGACUUAUCUUUUAAAAUCGUACAUGGAAGUAUAGGUCAAAUAAAUAUUCAAAUCCCAUGGAGUAGCCUUGGGAAAAAUCCGGUAUGUGUGUUUAUUAAAAAUGCACACAUAUAUGUAAAACCACGACAUUAUAAAAAAAGUGAAAGUGUUAUAAUUGAAGAAUUGCGAAGAGCAAAAAUGCAUAGGCUCGAAAUGCUAGAAGAAGAAAUAUCAUUAAUUAAACAGCAAAAAAACAAAGAAAAACCAGCUGAAAAAUCAACACUUAUAUUUAAAUUGUUAAACAAAAUUAUUAAUAAUAUUCAAAUCGAUAUACAAGAUGUAUUUAUUCAUUUUGAAGAUAUUGAAAGAAACUUUUUCAUUGGAUUUAUUUUAAAAUCUUCUUCUGUAAAAAAUUUAAAAAAAAAAGAUGAAAGAUCAUCUGAAGGGAAUAGUGAUUCGGAAUCUAAGAAAUUAAAUCAUAUUAUUGAAUUUAAAGGGUUAUGCAUUUAUAGUAAUAGUAGUGUAAAUAAUAAAAAAAGAGGAAAUAAGAAAAGUAAAAAGAAAGGAAAAAAGGAAAAUAUAGUGAAAAAAAAAAAUAGUAAAGAUAUUACUGAUGAAACAGAUAUGGUUAAUAAUAAUCUUACAAAUGAUUAUAGUAAUAAAGAAAUAUGUUCUGAUACUGAAAACAAAAUUAAUGAUAAUAAUAGUAAAGAAGAAAAUGUAGGCUCAGCAUCACCAAUGAGCAUUGAUGAUAAAAAACCAUCUAAACAAUAUAGUAAAGAUAGUAUAGAUUCUAAACUUAAUAGUGAGCAUUUCGAUAAUGAUGAAGAAAAUGAUUAUUUAAAAAAAACGCUAGCUAAUAUAAAUUUAUUUUAUAAAUCUGAUGAACAUAAACUUUUAGAUCAUAAUAAUUUUGAAUAUUUAAUUAAACCAUUUGAUUUAGUAUUACCUGUUGAACAAUCUAGUAAUAAAAAAGAAUUAAAAGCUAGAUUAGAAAUAAGUGAUAAAUGGGAAGGUAUAACAUUAACAAGAACUCAAAUUACAAAAAUAAUUGAAAUAAUGAGCGAAGCAAAUAAUUCUCGAAAUGAAAUUAAUAAAUUAUUAUUAAAGCAUGCAUCUACUGUUAAGUUAGAUGUUGAAUCAUUAAGAAAUGAAACAAAAAACGAAUUUAUGAACUUGUAUAAUAAAAUAUUAGGAGAAGAAUAUAAUAUAUCAAAAAUCGAAUUAACAAAAAAAGAACAAAAUCGGUUACAAAUUUUAUAUGAUGUGGUUGGUGUUAGACAUUUAGCUAAAUGGAGAUUGCAAUGUAGAGAUACAUUAGAAAAAAUAAUAGAAGAAAAAAAUUGCAAGAAAAAAAUUUUAUAUGAUUCUAUAUACAAACAACAAUCUUGGUGGUCUUGGGUAACUGGAAAUAAAAAGGAUAUUGAAAAUAAAGUGCAAAGUAUUUUAAAAACUGAACAAGAUUUUAUAAAUGAACAUGAGUUAAAUAUAUUACAAGAAGCAGUAGUAAAUGAGGACAAUUAUGAUGUAGUUAUUCCAACAAAAUACGAUUUCGAAUUUAAACUUUCUAAUUUUUCUAUUAAUAUAUAUGAUGAUAGAAAAAAAAGAAAAUAUAUUAUAAAUAAAGGAAUAAAUAGUAAAAAUUAUGACAAAUUUAAUGAACAAGAGCAAGAAAAUAUAAAGAAAGUUUCAAAUAAAAAUAAUGAAACAUAUGACGAGAAUACUCAUAAGAAUAGUGAUUAUAAUAUUAGUUCAAAUAAUUUAAAUAGUGAAUUGUGUUUAAGUGGAACUAGCGAAAGCUCACUAAGUACUAGUUCAAAUAUAAGUUCUCCAAACUCCAUAUACCAAAAUAAAAAUAAAUUAGAUUAUAACGAAAUAAAUAUAUUGUCAAUAAAUUUUUAUCAAAUAUAUUCAUCUUUAUCAUUACAAUCAGUAGUUGAUCAUAAUGAUAAUGAUAAUUUCCAAUGGAAGUUUAUAAUUGAGCUACAAAAUUUUGUAGCAAAACAUAAAAAUCAAAUAUUUAUGGAAUUCCGUAAUACACAAAAUGCAUUUUCAUAUAACAUGGACAACUCCGAAAAUAUAUAUCAAAAUCCGAUAUACCAUUCCUUAUUGUAUAGUCAAAGUUUAUGUGCAUAUUUAGAAAUCAACCAUUUAGUUACCGAAAAAGGGAAUACAUUGUCUACACUUUUACGAUUGAAUCCAUUAGAACUAUAUUUAUCACCUUUACUUAUAAAUAAUAUUUUAUCAUUUACAUUCCCAUUAAUGGAUAUAAUUAAUAAUAAGGAUAUUACAUCGACGAGAAGGCAUAAAGAUAAGCCAGAAAUUACACAACUCGACAAGGGUGAAGUUGGAAAAGUCAAAGAAACAACUGAAAUAAAUGAAGCUGUAGAAGACACUGAAAAUGAUGAAGAUAAUGAAGAAGCAUUAUUACAUAUUAAAAAAAUGGAACAAUCAGAAUUAAUUGAAGGACUGAAAGAAAAAGGAGAAAAUGUUUAUAAUAGAGCAGUUCAGCAUUUACCAGAGUUAUUCGAAUUUUAUAUUCAUAUAUGUGGUCCAAUCUUAUAUUUUGACAAUUUAACAAAUGGUAUAGUAAAUCUCCAUUUAGGUAAUUUAAUUGCAAAAACAGAAUACCCAUGUGCUUAUAACAAAUUUAAUUUAAUAUUUGAAUUUAAUGAAACCCAAAUAACAUGUUUGAAGACAUCAAAUUUUAAUCAUAAUAAAUUGGAAUGGCAUCGAAGAAAGCCUAAAGAUAGUCGUAAAAAUACAUAUUCAUUCACGGAUGGAAGUAUGGCUGAAAUAAAAGGAUUGAAUGAUAGUAGGAUAUUUGAUCGAGAUGGUGAUAAUAUAAAUGGUGGUGAAAAAGAGGAUGAUGGUUUGGAAAAAAACUUUUGCAAUAAUAUAAAAGAUAAAUAUAUCGAAGAUGAGAAAUUUUAUAUAUUACAACCAAUUCCAGUUAAAGUAUAUGUUGAGUAUGAUUUAAAGAUAUUAAAAACGAAUAUAAUAUUAGAUGGUAUAUUUUUUCAAAUAAAUCCUGAUGCUGUUAGUAUUAUAUUAGCAGUACCAACAUCUAUCACUAGAUAUUUAACACGUUUUUAUUCUAAAAAUAAAAAAGAAGAUGAAUCAUUAAAAAAUAAACGAAAAAGUAAUGCUGAAAAAAAAGAUAUCGAUGGUAAAGAGGGUGAGAAUGUUGAAAUAAAUCCUCAAAAUGAAUGUGAAAAUGAUAAAAUAAAGAACAAUGAUGUGAAUACUAAUUUGAUGGAUGAUAAUAUUAAAAAAGAAGAAACAGGAUUAGAAGUUAGUAAUAUAGACAAAAACAAUAGAAUUGAAGAAGAAUCGUUUUUAUAUGAUAUAGAUUUCUUGAUAAAAACAUCAUCAUUUUCUAUUAAAAAUAGUAAAAACUGUGAUAUACUUAAAUACGAAGCUUGUGGUAUAUCAUACAAAAAUUAUUUUCAGAGAAAAAAAAAAAUUAUAAAAGUAGAAAUCGAACAAUUAUGGAUAUGUGAUCCAAGUAAUAAACAACCAAUCUUUUUUACAUUAGCUAAAAAUAUAAAUUCAAAAGACGCUUAUCCUUUUAAAUAUAUUUCAGAAUAUUUAAAAGAAGAACAAUACAAUAGUCUGAAUAAUAUGAAUACAAAUGAUAUGACUAAAACAUCAAAUAGUAGCAAAAUGCUAGAUGAAUCCAAUUUUGGUACGAAUGAAAAGUAUGAGCAUGAUGAUAAUAAUAAUAAUACAGGAUGCUUGGAGAGAUUUCAAUCUGCUCAAAGAUUAGAAGAAUUUAUGUUAUCGAAUAGUAAGCUUGAUGAAAAUGUAGAAAGCAAUAACAACGAAAUAAAUGACAAUAAUAAAAAUGGAAAUGUGAGUAAAAAUAGCUACCCGUCUUUAUACAAAGAAACGGUGGAUGUAGAUAAGUUUGAUUUAAUAAAUAAUGAAGAAGUUGAAAAAUUUGAUAAUUAUGAAAAUAAUAAAUAUAUAAAUAAAGAAAUAAAGAAAGAAUCUAAUGGAAAAGUAGAAGAUAAUGAUGAUGACGAUUUUAUGGAUGCUAUAGAAGAAAAACAAUUGUCUAUAAAUUUACAAAUUAUGCAAAAGCAUAAUGAAAAUAAUAUUGCGCAAAUACAUGUUGAUUUUAUCGUAAGUGAUAUUGAGUUACACUGGAAAUAUAAAACAAUAAAGCAAAUUUUUAGAACUAUGAAAGAAUAUAAAACUAUAUUGCAAUAUGGUAUAGAAAAGGAUAUGAAGUAUAUAAAAAAUAAAUUAAAAAAUGAAAAAGAAUUAAAAAACUAUAAAAUGCUUAUUUCUGAACACACUUUAAGAAGUGUUCAAGAGACCUUGAAAAAUGUAAAAAAUUCUUUAAACAUUUUAGACAUAAAAGCAUCUACAGAAACAGAGAAUAAUCAAAAUAAUAUAAAUGAAAACGACACUGCUGAAAAAAAUGAAACAAUUAAUCAAGGAAACUUACAAAAGGAACAGCAAUUUGAUGGUUUCUCUGAUGAGAAUAACAAAAUUUUAAGGGACGGGGACAUUUUUAGCAAAUACAACAACAAGGAGAAAAAUAAUGUGGAAAAUGAAAACAGUGAUGUUAUUCUUAAAAAUGGAUUAAAUGGUACACUUCCCAAAUUGUUUGGAGAAGAAAAUUCGUAUGUAAAAUAUUUCUUUAAUUGUUAUGUAAAAAGUGCUUCUUUAUCAUUUUGGGAAAAAAAAAAAAUCUUUUCAAAAAUCCAAGUUAGUAAUAUAUUUUAUGAAAACAAUAUAUACUUAAAUUUUGAUCAAAAAAUGUUUAUAAAUAUUGAAAAGGGAAUAAUUUCUUUAAAUGGUAAAAAUAUAAUUUCUAACAACAUUAAUGACUAUACAUAUGACUUAUUUAUAUCGAAAAAAAGAAAGGAAUAUAUUGAUGGAUCUGAAUAUAUAGAAAGUAAUAUUAAUAACGUAGAAAGUAGUAAUCAAAAUAUUUUGAAUGGAAAUUCAAAGGACAAUAUAGAUUACAGCGAUGAUGAAGAUAGAACCUUGAACGAUCGAAAAAGUAGUAAAGAUAUUUUUAACUAUAUAACAGUAGCAAAUUUAUCGGACGAAAUAAAAAAACGAAAAGAAACAAUAACUCCUAAUAAGAAGAAACAAUUUUUAUUUGUUGGAAAUAUUAAUGUUUACAAUGAUAAAAGAUAUUAUAAUACAUGCAUGAUGUGUGCUAUUUCAGGAAUAUAUUAUAUUUUUUAUUUGCGUGAUUUAAGAUUAUUUUUAGAAUAUUUAGAUGAUGGUAUAUUAAAUGUCUUCAUUAGUAAAUCGUAUAAAAAAGUUGUACAAGUUGCUCAAGAAAAAUACUUUUUAUUUCAAUUCACAAUCGUGGAUCCAAUUGUUAUAAUCCCAGAGGAUAAAAAUAUAAUAUAUAAUUACAAGGGGCAAGUAAAAGAUACAAAAAACAGUGAGAAUAAUAAUGGAAAUAAUAACAAUACUAACUUAAAUAACGAAAAAAAUGACAACCGAAGCAAUAAUAAUAAGUCUAUACCUUAUAUUGAAUCAUACUUGAAAUUUCACUUAAGUACGUUGAAAUUUAAAAAUGCUUACACCAAAAAUUGUGCAGAAGAAAUUGUAUUAAGGCAAAGAAACGAAAUAAAACAAAAGAGGAUGCGAAAGGAAAAAAGACGAACAAAAUACAAAUUAAAAAAAAAAAAAGUAAUAAAAAAAAAUAUUAAUGAUCAAAAAGUUACCAGUAAAGGGGAUAAUGAAAAUGAUGGCGAUGUUUUAAGUAAUGGUGAAGGAAGGAAUAGUACAGAUAGUAAGCAUAAAAAAAAUAAACAUGUGAAAAUAAAAGAAGAUAAAGGAAAUUAUGACUUAAUUUUAGGCAGAAAAAGUUUAAAUAAUGAAAUGGAUAAUAGUCAAGGAAACAAUAAUAUUAAUAUGUUUGAUUCAAAUAAAAAAUAUGAUUUUACAUUAUAUGUUGAUUUGCUAGAUAUAGAAAGUAUGGCAUGUGAAAAUGGAGGAAGUAAAAAUAUCGAAGGGAAUAUUUUACACAAAAUUGAUAUUGGAUUGUGCUUAUUAAGUAGAAAAGAUGGAAUUUUUAUAUUUUUUAAUGGUAAAGAUUUAUGUUUAGAUUUAACUGUUUAUCAGCUUAGAUUUUUAUUAGAUAUAAUAAAUGAAAAUUUUUGUUACAAGGGUUAUUUCCCUUUGUGUUUUAUCUGUGAUAAAAAUAUCGAUAUCGAUAAUAUGCUAGACGCUGAAUUAUUCAGAAAGGGGAAUAUUGCUUUAAACAAUUUAAAGAACAAAGAUGUAAGUAUUAAUAAUAAUCCCAUAAAAAAUGAUGAAGAGAUUGAUCAAAAAAAACAUAAUAUGCCAAAUAAAAAUGAUAAAAUGUCUGAAGAUAAUACUACUAAUGGCUUAAAUGAUACUAGUGGAAAUAAUUCAAACUUUAACACUGAAGAAAAUGAUAAUAACGAAAUGAAAAAUAAUAAUUCUAUUAUUAAAGAUACCAACAAAACUGAUGGAAUUCGAAAAAACGGAACGAAGUUCUAUGCAUAUAUAAAUUUAGAAAGUUUAAAAAUAAAAACCUCUUUUGAUAAUAACAUCCCUGUUGCUAUAAUUACAUUUCAAAACAUUAGUAUAUCCUUUGAUAUAACUCUUUUGGACUUUUAUUAUAUAUAUUUUUUCAAUUUAUAUAGUACGUCUUUGUAUAUUGAUGAUGUUAGAAAUGGAUCAGUUAACUACUACAAAAGAGUUGCAUAUUGUUGUAUUGAGAAUGAGAUGAAUAAAAAACGGGAUAAUAGAGAUGCCAAAUAUGGAGGAAAUGUAAGAUUUCGUGAAAAUGAAUCUGAUUUUGUUUCCCCUAUUUCUGGCGCAUCUAGAGAUCAGAAUAGCCAUAACAAUAGCAAUAAUAAUAAAAUAAAUUCGAGUUACACCUAUGCAAUUGAAAGUGGAGGAUCGGUAAAUGGCCAAGGAAAUAGGAUGACUAGUAAUGAAGUGAAUCAAAAUUUUGAUGAAAGAUACGAAAUUAAUAAUUACAAAAGUUUACUAAAUUAUAUGUUCGACAAUAAUGUUUUUUUAAAUGAGAGAAAAAAGAAUAUAAAACAGAAAGGGAUAAAAAUAAAAAUAAAUUCAUUUAUAGAAGAUUUAUUAUUAAGUAUAGAAUUAGAUGAUGCUUAUAUUUGUUGCUUUUUUGUUAUAUUUAUAGACAUUUAUAAAUUUUUAUCAACUGGGUUUAAUCUGAGUACAUUGCAUUUGUAUCCAAAACCAUCACCCUAUAUUGUAUCUGACAAAUAUUAUAAUAAUAAGAACAACAGUAUAAAUAAUAAUAUAAAUGAUGGAAUGGAAAAACAGAAACCAGGAAAUGAAGAAAAAACGGGAAGUUCAAAAUUACCUGAAAAGAAGAAAAGACCUAAAAACGAAAAGAAGGAGGAUACCAAUGUACCAAAAAUUUUAAAUAAAGAAAAUUAUAUAAAAGAACUAAUAAAAGAUGAUAAAAAUCAAAAAAUCACUAACAUAAAUGAACUACUAAAAAUGGAUAAUAAACCUAUUCAUAUAGAUUUUAAAGUAAAUAAUGGAAAUUUUAUUUUAUUUACAAAUUUAGAAAAUGUAGACCAUCCAAUAAUUAUGUGGUCGAAUAAUUUUGUUUUUUCUUUUUCUCUAUCAAACGGGUGUAUUUUAUUUAGGAAAAUAUAUGCAAUAGAUAGUAAAAUUAAGAGGCUUAAUUAUGUGAAUAAUUCUAUGAGAUUAAGCAGAACUAUGAUUUCAAAUUAUUCUAGGAUAUUCAACAAUAAUAAUAGAAUGAACAGUAUAAAUGUUUCUAAUCCCCUUCACAACUAUCAUAAGAAAAAGGUUUUGUUAUGUGAAAAUUUAAAUGUAAUUGGUGAAGCUAUUUAUGAAUCAGUUGAUACAAAAAAAGAUAACUAUAUAAUAAAAAAAAAUAUAAGAAAAAAAGAUCAUCCUCAAUUUAUAUCUGUUUUUGAAAUUGAUUUAAAUAUAAGUAAUUUUGAUAUUAGACUAUCUAAUGAUGAUGUUGAAAUUUUAUUAAAAGCGUCGUCUACUUUAUUUGGUGAUGUACCAAGUGCUUAUACAAAUAUCGAAAUUAGUGCAGUCACACCUCCUGUUACAUUUAUACAUCGAAAAAUUAAAAGUAUAUUUAUGAGAAACAACAUUUUUUUUAUAAGUAAGGGUGCAGAAGAAAAUCAUGAUACAAUAAAUGGUUUGGAAAUAACAAAUUUGAAUAGAAUUAGGAAAAUAGAUAAAGUUGGAAAAAAACAAAGAGAUAGAAUUAGAAAUAAUUCAAUAGUGCUUGGGAACGAAAAAAAUGAAUUAAAAGUUAAAGGUGAUACAAUAGAAGAUUUUGAUCGUAUAAAAAAUUUAUCAAAUGUAAAGGAUAAGCGAGAAUUAAUAUUAUCCGAAUCAAGUUAUAAUAAUAAUAAUGUGGUUGAAAUAUCUGCUUACAAUGGGGAAUAUGAUUCAUCAGUGGAUUCUAAUUCUGAUGACUCUAAUUUGUGGUACUUUGAAAGCAAUAACUCAGAUGCAUUAUAUUCGAAAAUAUCUACACAAGAAAAUGAAUUGGAAUUAAAUACAAAUGCUGCUAAAACGAACGCCUAUAAAGAUGUAAAAAUAAAUAUUAAAUUGAAUAAUGUUAAAUGCACAUUUAUUAACGAUGUCAAAAAUGCUAUAGUUCCAAUUAUAAGGAUGACAUUUAGUAUGGAUAUAAAAUUGCGUUUUUAUACAGAUGAAUCCUCAUAUAUUAUGAAUUGUUUAAACUCGAAUAUAGAAUAUUUUAAUAAUUGCAUUGGUGAGUGGGAACCAUUUCUGGAAAAAUGUAACAUAUCAUUGGAUGUGCAUAAAGUAUUACCAAGUGACAUAUAUAGUGAAGAUAUUGAAUCUAUUAGAACCCCUAUUAGUAUUAUAAAAAUAAAUAGUGCUAAAGCUUUGUGGUUUAAUAUUACGCCACAGUUGGUUAAUUUGCUUUUUAUGUUUGUUCCAGUUUUUUGGGAAAAGGUUCUUAAUGGGUUAAAAAGUAAGAGGGAGGCAAAUUCAAUUAAUCAGGAGCAUAUGAAAGAACAGCAAAACGAGAGCAUUAUGGAAAAUAACGAAAUUGAAGCUAGUAAAAAAGGGAAUGAUGAUAAGAGUAUCCACGAUCGAGAUUCGGAAAGAUUGCUAUACAACCAGGACGAUAAAAAUAGUGUAAGUAUGUCAGUUCCCACAAGUACAAAUGCAGACGAUAUCAGUGUAAUGAGUAAUAAAAGAGAAGAUAGGAAAUCCAAAAGUAUUUAUGAAGAUUCUUCGUCUAUUUUUGAUGUAAUUCCCGAUGGUGCAGAUGAAAAUAAAUCGAUGGAUUUUCAUUUAGAUAGUUUUUUGAAAAAAGAAGAAAAUGGAGAAGCAAUCGAUCCAAUCGAAGAUAAUUCAAUUAUAUAUUAUGUUAAUCUAACAAGCGAUUAUUAUUAUGCUUUCACUAUGCCUGAGCGUAAUAGGGACGAUAUGAAAGAUAACCGUGGACGAACAACGAUGAUGAGAAGGGGAAGUGAAAUGAGUACGCAGCAAGAUACAGUUAGAAGUGAUAAUAAUAACAAAAAGAGAUAUAGUAUUGAUAUUCACAAGGGAAAGAAUAGAGAUAACUACGACAAAAUGAGCGUUGAUUUUUCAAAUAGCGAAAAAGGAAGAGUGAAAUAUCGAUAUUAUAAUAGUAUUGAAAAUGAGGACAUUGAUAUAAUACGAUAUUUGCCAGAUGUAUAUACUAAAAUAAUAACUACUAAUGAAUUAAUACCAUUAGAUGAGCUAUUAGUAAAUGAAAUAGGGAAUAAUACAUUAAUAGAAAAAAAAGAUUUAUACUUAUAUUUGAUACCUAUUCCUCCAACUAACAUAGUAAAUACACUUCAUGAAAUGUUUGGUAAUAUAAGUAAACGAGAUAUUGUUUUAGAUUUAAUGAUAACAAAAAAUCCGAAAAAAACUAUUGAAAAUUUAUUAUCCUACAAUAAUUUAAGAAAUAAUAGCGCUAAUAAUAUUUUGAUUGAGAAUAGAGGUAAGCUAAGCGAAGGUUUAGAUUUUAAGGAUUACAAAAUUAAGGGGGCAUAUUAUACAGAUAAUUCGUCUAUUAUUAGUGGAGAAAAAAAGAAUAAAGAUGAUAUAAGUACAGUUUCUGACAAAUUGAAUAAGGUAAAUAAAUCGGUUAGCUAUUUAGAUGAUACUGCUAGUAACGUCCCAACUUAUGAAAAGGAUGAAACAGAUUUAACAAAAGGAGAAAGUCAUUCAUCUUGUUUAGGUGAUGAUUCUUCACUUAAAGAGAAGCAUGAUAAGUGCACUGAAGAAGGAGAUGAAAAUAGUGAGAGUGGAAAUUUAUAUAGUGAUAGCGAACUUUAUGAGGAAGAAUAUUAUAGCGAAAUAAGUAACGAUGAUGAAGACAGUGAAUGGGAUAGUGUAGAUGAAUAUGAUGGUUAUGAUAAUAAUACUAUUAAUAUUAUAGAAAAAGUUAACAAAAACAAAAAUAUAUAUUACUACUUUAACAAAAAAAAUAUAAAUAAUAUAAAAAGGAAAUUGUAUAGUAAUUCAGUAUUUCCAGCUAAUAAAUUUGUGGGUCCAUUUUUAAAAAAUUCUGAAUGUGUGAUGAUAAAUUUAAUUAAAAAUAGUUGUACUUCACUAAAUACAGCAUUGAAAAAUAAUAAUGUAAUUCAUGUAAUAAAUCCAAACGAUUAUGUAUUUAGCGAAAUUGGGGCAACCAACGAUAGUUUUGGUAAUAUGAAUAAUAGUAAUAAUAUUAGCAGCACGAAAAAAAAGUAUAAUGAAAAAGAUCAAAUCGAAAACAACAAAAAGGACAAUAAUAAUUACGAAGCGAUAUUAAAUAGGGAAGACAUAGAUCAGGGAACUAAAUUAGAACAAUUAAAUGAAGAAAUAAACAAGAAAACAAAUUUGAUAUAUAAAUACAAACCGAAAAAUAACUCCCUACCACAAAAAUCAAUGUUCGAAACAAUAUGUGAAAUAAUAUCCCCUAUGCCUAAUUAUAAAAUAUUAUUUAUGUCUUCAACGGUCAGAAUUAUAAAUAAAUGUGGUAUACCAUUGGAAUUUUCAUUUUUUGAUACAUCAAAAUCUCCUAUUUUAUUAACAUCAUUAAAAAACAGAACAAUAGAUUCCAGCAUAUUAUAUCCUAACCAUAGUGAUUCAUUUAAAAAUUAUAAAGUGUCAAAUAGUUUAAAUAUUAAUCCAAAUAUUAAAAUAAUACAAAAGAAUACAAAUUUAAGUUAUACUGUUAUAUUAAAUCAUGAAUAUUUACUUUCACCCCCUGAAUGUGCAUUUAAUGGUCAAUCUCAAGUAUAUUUAUCAUUUAAGCCUGUAAAUUUGGUUAGCGACGAAAACAAAUACUAUUACAUAUCAAAUGGUGCUAAUAUUCAAGAUACCAGUAACAGUAUGGAAAAGUAUAAUAUUGGUGAUAAAAAUGAAAAUACUAAAAGAAAUAGUUGUACUAUUUCCAACGGAGGCAGUAAUAAUGAUGAAGAUAUGAGUCUAUCAAACUUUGAAAAGUGGGGAAAUGAAUUAUUUGAUUGUUCUUAUAUUAACAUAGAUAAUGGAUGGUCUGAUAUUUUCAGUUCAGAUAUAUCACAAGGAACUUAUGUGAAAAAAUGUAAAGUUGUUGACAAUAGAAACCUGAAUGAACGAACUGGAGGAGCAACAUCUUCUAUUAGCAGUGGAAGUAGUAAUAAUAGCUAUUUAUACUUUCUAGUAAAAAUCGAGCAUAAAAUAAGUGCACUACCAGCAGAAAAAAACAUAAGGAUAAUUACAAUAUACCCACAUGUUAGUAUAGUAAAUACUAUUCCGGCGUUAGUAGACAUUGUUAUGAUGUCUGAAUCUACAGAAGAAACCCAAAAUAAUUUUAUUAAUGAAGAGAAGAUAAGAAUUGAGAUGCUAAAAAAUAAAAAAGUUAAAUUACUAAGACAAAGUAAAGAAAUAAGUUCUUAUUUAAAUAAAAUAAGUCACAUGAAACAAAACAAUACUCUUAAUUCAAAUACUUCAAAAGCUUUAGAAGCGAAACACAUGUCGAAUAAUGAAAGGGUAUAUGUACAUGAAUAUAAUAGAUUAGAAAAGGAAAUAGGAAAUAUUGACCAUGAGAUCAAAGUCUUGAAAAAAGAUUUAGCAGCACGUGCAUUAAAUAGCGGAUAUGUAAAUAAACGAUUAAAUCCUUUUUCUAUUUUCUAUAUAUAUGAAAUAAAGAAAUACUCAUGUUUAAAUUUAAAAAUGAAAAUAGGAAAUUCGCAGUGUGAAUGGUCAGAUAGAAUCCAAUUAGAUGAAGAUGAUGAUGAAACGAUGACACGAUUAACAUUAAAUUUUAAAAAAUUUGCAUCGAUUGAAGUAGAAAUAAUUAAAAAUUUUAAUGGAUAUUUUAAUUCGUUAAAUAGUAUAUUAGGAAAUAAGCACCUAUAUAUUUUUUCAUUACCUCGAUGCUUUAUUGAUAGAACAGGAUUAGGUAUUAAGGCAAUAAAUUCAAAUAAAUAUUAUCCUGUAAUUAAUGGAAUAACAUUAUUAGGUGAUAAUUCUCAAAUUGAUUUAUUAUUACCUCAUAAAUCAUACAAUAAUAAUAUUGAUGGUGUUAAUAAUAAUGGAAAAAAAAAAACUCAACGAAAUAAUUUUGAUGAUAUAUUUAAUGAUUUUAACUACCCUGUUCCUUGUGAUAACUCUUUAAUAUUAUUUAAAGCAAAUUUAGCUCCUAUUGGUAGUUAUACAGAAGCAAAUGUUGUAUGUAAUAAUUUCUAUUAUACUUUUUGUUUAAACACAGAAAAAAUAAAAACUACAAAUAUUCCAUAUAUUAUAAGUAGAAUAAUUACAGUUGUACCUCAGUUUAUUAUUAGUAAUAAGCUUCAUUAUCCUCUGUUGAUUAAGCAAUUUCAAUUAGAUCAAAUUCAGGGCGUUAGAGAAAAUGACACAUCUCCUUUAUAUUUUAUCAAAAAACAUAACGUAUUAUUGUUUCAAUUUAAAACAUUUGAAAUGGGAAAACAUAACAUAAGUAAAAAUUCUAUUGAAAGCAAUACUCAUAGUAGAAAUAGAACAGGUAGUUGUGAUAAUAAUAAAAACGAAAUGAAUAUAAUGAAUAAAUCUAGAAAAUAUAGUAAAAAUAUGUUUUGGUCAUCUGUAAUAUUCCCAAGUGAAAAUUUUGUUGGAUCAAAUUAUAUGGUGCUUAACAAUGGAGGAGAAAAAGACGAAUCUGAUGUGUAUGUUAUUACAUGUAUACCUAAUAUGGGUACUAAAAAUAUAAUAAUAGAAAAAUUGGAGAAAAAAAUAAAUAAAGGAUAUAUAGCGUAUAAUAAUUCGAGCUUGGUUAAAUAUUUAAAAAUUCGAACAUUUCAUGAUGAUGCCCAUAAUUUAAAAAUGGGAAAAAAUGAUAACAAUGAUGGCACUAAUAAACAUUUGGAUAAAAAUCUUCUACUGAACCACUUUUUAAAAGCUAGUGAUAUGGAGCAUUAUUUUAAUGUUGAAUAUAAUAAAUAUAGUUAUUUAGGUUGGGUAAAUCCAUUUAUAUAUAUAUCACGAAAUAUUCAAAUAGAAAUAGUAUUGCAUGAUAUGAAUGUAAUACCUAGAAGUCCACUUGUUUUAAAAUUUGCUUCAUUUAAUUACUCUCAAAAAACAUAUCAUAUUAACUAUUUUAAUAUAACAUUUAUUAUUUCUAUUGAAUAUAUAGAAGAUUUAAUAAGUAUAAAGUUGACUCAUAGAAUUAAUUCACCAAAUGGAUCAUGUGAUAUUAAUGAGAUGAAUAAUAUGGGAAAGCAUUUAAAAAAAAAUCCUAUAGGCAUUGAAAUAAAUUCUGAUAUAAAUGUUGUGGAUGGAAAAGAUAAAGAUGAGAAUGACGAAAAAAAAUAUUCAACUAAUUCAUCUGAAAUGAAGUCAUAUAACAAAAUAGAAAGUAUAGACAAAUACGAGAUAAUGAAUGAUAAUAUUGGGACAAGAGGCAUGGCAAAUGCAGCAAAAAAUAGCAAAAUGCAUAGGGAUGUUCCUUCUUCUUAUAAUAAAAAUAGAUAUAUAGAAAAAAAAGUAAUUGAGCAAAAUGAAUAUAAUUAUGUUAUGAACAUUUCUGAAAGAGGACGAAGUAGAUACAGUGCCGAAAAUAAUAAUAGCAUUUAUAGUAAUAGAAAAGAAUCAAUAAAAGUUAUUAACAAUACAUAUAAAAAUGUUCAUGUAAUAUUAAACCUUACACAAAUUGGGGCAAGUAUAAUAUCUAAUAUAUUAAAAGAAGAAGUUUUUUUUAUCGAGUUAUCAAAAUUAUGUGCAUUGUUUUAUAUGAAAAAUGAAGAAGAAGUUAUUGACAUAAAAAUUACUGAUGUUCAAGUAGAUUGCCAAUUAGAAUCAUGUAAAAAAUGUGUACUAUUAGCAAAUAGAGGAUUAAAUUUGGAUUCAUCUUCAGGAAUGAAUAAUAAUGGGAUAAUAAGUAAUAGUGGAAGAGGAGAUCGAGGAGGAUUGUAUAAAUUAAGAAAUGGAAGUACAACAUAUAAUGAAGAAAAUGAAAGAGAUGAAGCAUAUGAUGAGGAAGGCAAUCGAUAUGGUUCCAGUAAUGAUGUAUUUUCUAAAAAUAUAAACAAUAAUGAUGAAAAAACAUUUUUAAAUGUAUAUGUAGAAAGAUUAUUUAUAUCACAUAAUGAUGUUAUAUUUAAGAAAAUUCAAGUAUUAUUAGAUGAUAUAGAAAUAGAAAUGGAUUCAGAGACAUUAAAUGGCAUAAACUUAUUAGUGGCUGAAUAUAUUGAAGGUAUAAACAUUAUACAAAAGAAAAAUUUAUUAUAUGAAGAAAUUCAAAAAUGGACUGUACUACCGGUCUAUGUAAAUUAUAAAUCACCUGAUAUUCCAUUAGCUAUAAAUAUUCAGUAUAUGCAAAUAAAUAAAUUUACGUUAAUAGUUUGGUGCUCAUUUUUAUUAGAUAAAAUGCAUAUGCUUAGUGAUUUACUUAGAAUAGGACUAAGAAUAUUAAUGGUGUCAGGAAAGUUAGAAUUAUUAGGUGCCCCAGUAACAUUAAAUCAGGAAAUUUUUAAUGAUAUUCGUGUAAGUAUCAAAUCAUUUUAUGCUUUAUUAAAAGAUAAAUACAGUCACUCCAUAUUAGCUUGUCUAGGAUUUAUUGUUGGGUAUAGUAGUUUAAUAAAUAUACCUAAAAUUCCAUUAGAAAUUGGUAGAAACACUAUUGGAUUAGCCGUAUAUGCAGUUGACAAUGUUAGUGUGGGUAUUGGAAGUCUUCUGUCGAAUCUUACAUUUGAUACGGAAUAUAUUAAUAGAAGACAGAAAGAAAGAAAUUUUAAAACAAAUACUAAUAUGAAAGAAGGGUUAUUAAGUGCUGUUAAAAAUAUAGGAGAAGGAGUUUUAAGUUUAUCAAAUAUUGUAACUAAGCCAAUUGAAGGUGCACAAAAAGAAGGAGUAGGCGGAUUUUUUAAAGGUAUUGGUAAAGGUGUCGCAGGAUCUUUAGUCAAGCCAUUAGAUAAGGUAGGACAAGCUGUUUCGGAUGUAACCAGAGGUAUAAAAGCAGAAGUUUCAAAACCAAUAGGUGGGUAUAAAUAUAAAACAAAAAGACAUAGAAAACCUAGAAUGCUAUGGGGGGAAUAUGGUAAAAUAAAAGAAUAUAAUACACAAGAAGCUGAAUUAAGAGAAUGUUUAGGGUUGCGUUUUUCUGAAAAUAUAAUGAAAUGUUUAACUAUACAUAAACAACAAAAUGAGCCACCUUCACAUUACGCUUUAUUAUUAUACCCUAAAGUUAUUAUUUAUGCAAAUUUAUAUGCAAAUAUAUAUCCUAAUUCAUAUUCAAAUUCGAAAAAUAAUAAUGAUUUUACAAGUGAUAAAAAAGGUGAUAUUGUUAUAUGGUCUGUUAAAAUUGAUGAAAUUUCAGAAAUUAGAGCAUCAAGCCAUGGCCUCAUAAUACGAGCUACUAAUGGAACUGCCAAUAGUGUUUAUAAAAUACCUUGUAAUAAUGCCUCACUCAUUAAUAAAAUAUAUAGAGAAUUGCAUAACUCAAAAAAUUCUAUCAAAUCAACGAUUAUAUUAGGCGAUAGUAUUUCAUCUUUGCGCCCACCCUUAUAA